CCGUGACUCGGAGCCUCCCGCGGGCGCGGCGGCUGCCGGGCGGUGUCGUGCGGCCCCCCGCGCCCGUGCGGGGACUAUGAAGCACCAUGGUGUGGUGUGACCGUGGCGUCCAGAUGCUGCUGACCACGGUGGGCGCCUUCGCAGCCUUCAGCCUCAUGGCCAUCGCCAUCGGCACCGACUACUGGCUCUACUCCAGCGCCCACAUCUGCAACGGCACCAACAUCACGACGGACGAGGCGCAGGGGCCGCCGCGGCGGGCGCGGGGCGAUCUCACGCACUCGGGGCUCUGGAGGAUCUGCUGCCUCGAAGGAAUCUACAAAGGACAUUGUUUCCGGAUCAACCACUUCCCUGAGGACAAUGACUACGACCACGACAGCUCAGAGUACCUUCUCCGCAUCGUCCGUGCCUCCAGCGUGUUCCCCAUCCUAAGCACAAUUUUGCUGUUGCUGGGAGGACUCUGUGUCGGAGCAGGAAGGAUUUACAACAGCAAAAACAACAUUAUUCUCAGCGCUGGGAUUCUCUUUGUUGCAGCAGGUCUCAGUAAUAUCAUAGGGAUCAUUGUCUACAUAUCGAGCAAUGCAGGUGACCCAAGUGACAAGCGAGACGAGGACAAAAAGAACCAUUACAACUAUGGCUGGUCUUUUUAUUUUGGAGCCUUGUCUUUUAUUGUGGCCGAAACCAUAGGUGUUCUGGCUGUGAACAUUUAUAUUGAGAAGAACAAAGAGCUGAGGUUUAAGACCAAGAGGGAAUUCCUUAAGACUUCUUCCAGUUCUCCUUAUGCCAGGAUGCCAAGCUAUAGGUACAGGAGGCGGAGGUCCAGAUCCAGCUCCCGCUCCACGGAGCCUUCUCCAUCCAGGGACAUUUCUCCAGUUGGCAUGAAGAUAGCAGGCACCAUCCCCAUGAACGAAAUUUCCAUGUACACCCUUUCCAGGGAGCCUUUGAAGGUUACCACGGCUGCCAGCUACAACGCAGACCAAGAAGCCAGUUUCCUGCAGGUCCACAACUUCCUCCAGAAGGAGUUUAAGGAAGGACUCCACGUCAACAUGGUCAACAGGAGAACGACGCCGGUUUGAAGCACCUUCCUUCCUCGUGCUUUUUGAAGAGAUGCCCAAAGAGAAUGGAUCUGUCAGGAGUGAUGUUAAAAUACCCUCUCACCUCUUUAAUUGUGGCAUGUGUUGAGGUAGCAAGUGGAGAUCCUCUGGACCAACAUAAAGAUAUUUACACGCUCGUAGCUUUUUUUGAAGCUAUUUGGAGUUUGUUUAUUUCCGUUCUUGGUGUCACAAGAUGAAGGCAGUUCAUGUUCCUGCACUUUUGUAGUGUCUACACAGUCUUGGAGAAACUGCAAAGGACUGGCCACCAGUGUGUUUUAAAGGAUUACAGAAAAUUUGUUGUACUUUUUUUUUUUCUAAUAUUGAGAUCCCUUAAUACAAACUUGCAAAUAUAAUUUAUAACCAAGCCCAAGGAUGAAAAUGAGCUACUCAUCAAGUGAGCCACUUUCCUUCAACACGGCGUAAGCUUUGCCUCUUUCAAAAUAAAAAAAAAAAAAGAAAAAAAGAAAAAAAAGAAAAUAUUUUUGAAGGCAACACUUUCUAAAACUGACCUGUGCCACUGAAACCAUAGAGCACCCACGUACUGAGCACUACAGACUCUCUGAUGGGGUGGGAAGGGGGUCUCCCAUUCCUGGGGUAAGGCAUCCCUUGGGGCAACACAGGCCGAGGAGCAGAGGGUGGGUGCGUCUUGAAACACCUGGAAAGAGAAACAGAUUAAAGCAGGUGGGACUUGAGCCUAUUUGCAAGCAUCAUUUCUUGCCUAACGUUUAGAAAACUUGAAUUCUCAUUUCGACGAGCCCUAGUGCCUGAUCCGGCAAGGUGCUGAGUGCUGGCUGUCAGGAGCCCCUGGAGAUUUGCCCGAGCGCGGCGGGAGCAGGGCAGAGCCACCGCCGCCGAUUCCCUUACGCUUCACAAGUGCAACACUAACGCUACUGGAAACAGAGAUCUCUGAGCAACCAGGAGAGAACCAGAAACAGAGAUCUCUGAGCAACCAGGAGAGAAUGGGAAACGGAGAUCUCUGAGCAACCAGGAGAGAACCAGAAACGGAGAUCUCUGAGCAACCAGGAGAGAACCAGAAACAGAGAUCUCUGAGCAACCAGACAAGAACGCGCCCGGACUCGCGAACCUUCCCGCAGCAACGGGAGCCGAGUGUCAGCAGAGCAGAUGACAACUUUGUAUUUUUUAAAACAGAACAAAACAAAAAAAGGAAAAAAAAAAGGAAAAAAAUAAUCACCGUUUAUGAGAUAUUUAUUAAACUCUUUUUAUUAUGAAUUAAGUGCCGCAUGGUGCAAGGUAUAGUUGCUUUUAGAUGGAAAUGGUGGUUUGACCUAAUUUAAUUUAUUUUGUAAUGAUGCAUCUACUUACGUGCAGAGAGCCCACAGCAAACUCUAUGCAUCACGUAAGGAGGGAACUAAUUUGUACCCUUUGCUUCUGUCUGUUUCUAAAAGAGUCUGAAUAUUAUUUUCUUUUCUUAUAAAUUCCUGCUUUCAGUUUUUAUACUUAGGCUUGGAUCUCAAAGCUUGAUGGCCUGACUCAAAGGUAAUUUAAUUUAAUAGUACUCAUGUUGAUUUUAGUGACCACUUGACCAAGCCAUAUGAGAAUGAGGUGCCCGAUUCCCCUCAGAUGAAUUAGAUGCAGUGAGAGAGGAGCAUCUAAUUCCUGUAGAUUCCUUUGAAUAUCCCCAUCAUCUUUGCCCAGAAAAUCUUUGCUAGCAGAACACUAGACAAGAAAAAAUCCAUAAUUUGGAAAGUUUGGGUCACUGGUAGUGGGAGAUCUCAGCCAAACUGCUAAAACCUCUUUAGUCUUAAUUUAUCCUCUGAUGGCCCCAGGGCCAGAGACUCAGUGGUGGUUUGGAUACGAAGCUUUCAGCUAGUGGAACCAAGUCCUCCAGGGAAAUCCCGGAGAAGCUGCCUUAACAUCCCAAAAAGGAAGUUGAACCCCUCUCCCCCCAGAGAAACCCACUCAAGCCUCUCUCCUUGCAAGAACCAAGACACAAUUCUCAAUUUUAAGCGAGAGUCUUCCCCUAGUCACUGUUAAGCUCUGCCUGGCCCUCAGCCUGGCACAGCCACAUCGUUAUUUUGGCAGGGGUGGGUUGGAGCCUUCAUCCCUGCUCAUUAAGAGUUUCCAUUCAGGUUAAAACUCCGCUGGGAUCCUUUUUUCAAACCUCUGAACUCUGAGAGCUAAAGCGAAUGGAGCGAUGGGAAUGAUUUAAAACUAGAAAAUGUUGUGCUACUUUCUGUAUCAACACACUAUGGAGAAAGAUGUUACACAAGCUUUUUAAAAAAAUUCAAACAGAGGCAGAAAAGAAAACUUUUUUACCUACUUUUCGGCUAGGAAUACAUAAAAGGGUUCUAAAAUUAUUAAAGUUCUUGAUGAAAGGUUUUUUUUACAAGAAUCUUUAUGCUUUCAAACAAUAAAUUAUUUCCUACUUUUUGAGACUUCGUAAUAUUAAAAUACUUUGAUUAGCUAUGAUAGAAGUAGAAGUUUGCAAUGAAAAAAAAAACCAACCUUCUGUCUCAUUAGUGUGUCAUACUAAGUGCUAAUUAAUUUACAUCUAAUUAUAGUCAAUGUAUUUUUCAAGUGCAAUUUCCCAGAACUAUUUGUUUCCCACUGUGUUAAAAAACUAAUAGUUAGAACUAAGUCCUCAUCCGUGUUUCCUGUAAUUAAGAAUAAAACCAUUCCCUUUCAAACCAGGAGUUAGAUAUAGGCUGUUUCUCUAAUCUCAUGUACCUUGAACUGGAAGCGGACAGUGUCAGGUUUGCUCGCGCGUGGGUUUUGUUCUUUUAGUCAUCGUUCUCCAGUGAAUGUUCUUCAAACCACCCAUCUGAUUCCAGACAAAGUCCAAGCUUUUUCUUCAGCUCAGCUCAGACCUGCAGAGGCACAUGCAGUAUUUUUGGCAGAAAAAGUCUUGCUGAGUGUUUUGGGAUGUUGCUCUUUGCCAGAGCCUCCUCCCCCAGGGCAGGGCUGGGUCCAGCAGCUCCCCAGGGGUGAUGCCCUGUUUUGGUCCAAGCUGGAGCAUCUGCUCCUUCUCUAGCAGGCACCUUCAAGAAAUGGAGCUGGAGUAGGGAUCAUGAGAUGCUCAUGGGGUCUGGACAGGGAACAAAGUCAUGUGGACAUAACAGGGACCAGAGCUUUUGUCCUGUGAGACAACAAGGGCUGCAAUUGAAAACUCUUAAGUUGCAGCGCAGCAAAUUGUUCAACCACAGCCAAAACAAAAAAUAAUCAUUUGACAAUUCCAGAAAACAAACAAACAACAACAAACAACAAAAAAAACACCAAAAACCUCAAAAAACUCACAACCCUGGUCCUUUCCCAUGAAAAGCUUUGAUUCUGACAAAACUGAAAAAUUUACCGCAUUCCUGCCCAUGAGCACUCUUGCUCCAUGAUCUAUCUGAAUAGAGUCAGAUUGUGCUCAGCCUUUGAAAUCACCCAGUGAUAGUUUAAAAAAAUCACCUGUUCUUCCACAUCUCUCUGGUUUCCCUGGACAGCAUCUAACAAAUGAGCCCCAUUUCCCAGCAAGGCCUGCAGAUACCAUAAAACCAUAUCAUUAACAAUUAUCAGUCUUCAAUUCUUAGCAACAGAACUAAAAAAAAAUGCUAUUGGAUCAGAUUUGAUUUUCCAAGAAACAAAAUGUCAGGUAUACCAUGAGCUCUCUCUUCCUUUUUUCUCAUGCACAAUAGGAGUAAAAGGAGAAAUCACUUCAGCUGCCCAGACAUCUAACAAUAAACUAUUUUUUCUGUUUCUUUUUCUCUCUGUAUGGAUCACAUAUCCACAAGGGCUAAUAUAUCAUGUCCCUUGAGGCUACAUUUCUGUCUGCAGUUCUAAAGUGUUAUUUCCACUGUGCUUCAGUUCUACUGGUAUAAUCACAACCAUGUAUAAUGUACUUAAUCCUUACUUUUUAAAUAAACCAUUUUAAAUGUA